UUCUAGAAGACGACCAACCCUGUUGCGGAAGACAGCUUCACCUGCACCAUCCUCCAAUGAGCAAGACGCAGAGUUCGCGUGGCAAUCUGCUCGGAUGAGACAUCCGAAGGACGGCACGGCCCGCGGCGAUAGGCCCUGGACGUUUGCGAAACCUAAUUACCUUGCCUGCCCUUGCCCGCAGACACUAGACAGGGGAUUAUGCAGCAGGUUAUCUGAACGAUUGGGAUGAUGAGAGAACGCCAUAGAGGGGAACGGCAUGGUGAGAGACAGCGAACGCGGGGAUGGACCGUCUGUUAUCAGGUUUGGCCUGCUACCAGGACACCUUCCGGAUCGAAUGGGUUUGCGGGGGCGUUCCCGGCAUUCUUAUCUAGGCCCCCUGCUGCUUUUCCCCCCCGGCGUGUAAUGGACGGCCAUCAAGGACUCUACUAUGUACUCCGUCGUCGAACUCCAGGUUUCCAGGCGUCAACUACAGGCUUCGUUGCUGCGUGUGUUGAGCGCAGUCGACAGUCGACGGCUGUCCGUUCCUUGGAGGUUCAUCUUCUGUUGGAGAGUCGAGAGGCGGUAUUGCGUGCUUGUAAGCCACACUUUCGUCAGCCACAACACUUGUCAGAGACGGAAGGGGGACGUGUCCCAAAAUGGAGAAGAAGAAAAGGAAAAGGAAAAAAGCCCCCUUAUCACAAGGCGCAUGGUCAGGAGAACGUCAGAGAGGAAGAGAACACCGACAGAUGCAAGUUAUAUGCCGAGUCUUGGGUAGAGGCGCACGAGGGGAGGACCGGCAAGGUGUCCCUGUCCCUGUCGCUGGCAUCGCUUGUCGGCGGCUCACUGGCGCGGCAUCACGCGAUGUUGGCUGGAAUGGCUCCAUGAUGCCGAGACUUUGCAAGAGGUCGCACGAGGAAGGAAGCAAGACGCAAGAGCAGCCUACUUUCCCGUAUCAUCUCUUGCCCCAAGACGAGAUCUCUUGGCCGAAUGCCGGCAAGGUGGUUGAUUUGUUGGGGGAGCUCGUCACGCUGGCAGAGUUUUCCU